UUUCUCUGUUUUUUUUCUGGAAAAAAUAUAACUCUCAAGAAAGUACUGGAACAUACCAUAAGGAAGAUUACAUAUAAGGAAGGAGGAGGAGAAAUUAGUGUAUUCGUGAAGCGAAAAACAUCAAAAAAUUGUUGAUUAUAGAGAUUAUCAAGUUUUGGAACUGUAUAAUUGUGAGAAACAGAUAAUGGCUGUGCUUGAUCAAACUUCAAAUAUGAUGUUACCUAUGGAUUAUACAAGGAAGAAGAAAUCAAGGAGUAGAAAAGAUGCACCGAAGAAUGUAGCGCAGACACUUGCGAAGUGGAAAGAGGUGAAUGAGAAAUUAGAUGCGUGUGAUGAUGAUGGAAGGAAGCCAGUGCGUAAAGUUCCUGCUAAAGGAUCAAAGAAGGGAUGUAUGAAGGGUAAAGGGGGACCGGAUAACGGGCGGUGCAAGUAUAGAGGUGUUAGGCAAAGGACAUGGGGUAAAUGGGUUGCUGAGAUUAGGGAGCCACAUAGAGGGAGAAGGCUUUGGUUGGGUACGUUUGAUACGGCAAUUGAGGCUGCUCUUGCUUAUGAUGAAGCUGCAAGGGCGAUGUAUGGUCCUUGUGCAAGGCUGAAUCUCCCGGAUUAUUAUGCCUCGUCGAAAGAGUCUUCCAAGGAUGAUUCUUCGUUGCCUACUGUAUCUCAUUCUGACUCAAAUACAGCAUCAAGUUUCUCUGAGGUGUGCCCUGCUGGUGACAUGAUGAGACGAAGAGCCAAUGUUCCUGCGAUAAGACAUGAAGAUAGAUUAAAUGAAAUAGAAAUUGACGGUGCUAGGACCGGUUCUAAUGAAAUUGGAACGCCUUUGAGCUCAUUGAGAGAGGAAGCGAAAGACGAGGCCAAGGAGGUGUUAGAUAAAAGUGAGACUUUUACACCUCUGAGCUCGUUGAGAGAGCAAGCGGAAAAUGAGGCUAAGCAGGUGUUAGAUAAAAGUGAGACCUUUGAAAUUAAAGAAGAGCCUGCGGCUUGUAGUUAUGAUUCACGGGAUAUCGGACAAGGGGACCUAGGUAACUUGUGUUUGGAUGAUGAGAUGUUUGAUGUAAACGAGCUAUUAGGCAUGAUGGACUCGACUCCACUAGAUGCCUCAGCUCCAAGUCAAGAUGUUGGUUUUGUUCCUCCUAAGCAAGAGCAGUAUGCCUAUGAUCCUUCAUAUCAGUUGCAUUCUGCUGCCUAUGGUGACAAUCAGUUGUCAAACCCAGCAUACCAGUUGGACAACGCCGAUGACCAGUUCUCAAAUUACCAGUUGGACAAUGCCGACGACCAGUUCUCAAAUCCAUAUGCAGGUGUCGAUACAUUGGAAGGUCUGCAGCAAAUGGAGCAGCAACCAACUAUCGAGAUUGAUUAUGAUUUUGAUUUUCUGAGACCAGGUCGGCAAGAGGACUUCAACUUCUGCUUGGAUGACUUGGGUGUUUUGGAUUUCUAAUGGAAUUGGGGACCCAAUUUGGCAUGGUGAAUUUGGUAGACUUCGCGCAUUGGCAAACCGGAUGUAGUACGGCUUGGGAUAGGAUCUUACUGUUUGCUGUAUUGCAUAUUAUAUGCAAUGAUCAGAAACUUCUCAAAUUGUUAGUUCAAAAGGUCUUUCUCAGAUUUCGACGAGAAGGAAAAUACAUAGGAUACAGAAGAGACAUGUUCUUUGAUUAUUUUGCUCCUUUUGCUUUUGAGGAAUUGUGGUUCCUUUUACUUCUGUACUAAUUACAGCUGAUUCUUGGCAAGUUUUUUUGGAUGAGAGAACUUAGCUGUUACAGUUGAAUCAAAACAAACAUAAUUUUGUACAGAUUAGUUAGCUAACAGUUACGAGGUUUUGGUUUUCUGAAGUUGACAAUACAAUUUUAUUUUAUUUGCUUGUAGUUGUAAUGUACUGACCUGUUUGGUUUUUUGUAUUGUUAGUCGUUUAUCUUCUA